AUGGUACCCGACCUCGUAUCCAAGUUCGCGGCUGUGGGACUAUUCGACCUACCGGUACUGCGAUUCGGAGAGGGUCGGGGUGCGGAUCGUUACGUCGAGGGUGGACCGGGAGCCUUCGGCGAACGAGGCCGUCCCCUAAGCCACGGAUCCGUCCGGCGGACCUGCAGCAUAGAGAGCGAGAUUCGGAUCGGGACCUGGAUAAAUGUGAGGGCGGAGGUCCCCGAUUGGAAUCUAUAUGACGGGCGCGUGGUGGGGCUAUCGUCAAUAUUCAUCUUCCCAUCGGUAGCCCCUGCAUCUGUCAUCUUCAAUCGUCAAUCGCCCGUGAGUAUACUAUCGGAAAGAAGAUUAGGGAUUUUAUCAGCGAGGGUGAUAGUUGCUGAUGAGAGUCAAGAGAGAAGAAGUUUAGGGAUUUUGACCGAAAUUACUUUAUGGUUUUGA